ACAGAUAGUCAAAUACAUCCUUUUCUCCAAGCCCAAUUCGACUCUGCUGCGAUUUUUCCCAGUUUCCAGUUUUCUCAUCCAAUCCGUCUCGACGAUGUGUUAUGGUCACCAUCGUUCCUUGUCACCUGACAGGCGGAGCCCAUCACGGGGCCGCCGGUUCCUAAAUCACGACGCUUCUGUGGUAGAGGAUCUACGGGGCCGGCUCGCCGAGACCGAAGCUCGGCUCGAGCGUGCGAGGGCCCGGGAAGCCGAGCUCAGCCGCCGUCUCGAUGAGAUGAAGCGUUUCGUCACCGUCAUGGAGAUCCUCGAGUCCUAUCUUAAGCGCCGGUUUCGCGAGCAGCAAGAAUACGUGACCCGCAUCUUCUCCUAGUGAUUUCAACAGAUACUUCUUCUGUCUGUCUUUUAUUCUGAUAUUUUUGUGUUAUAUAUGUUUCUUUACGAUGAUUAUAUGCAGUUACUGUGAAAUUAUGGAAUAUCAGGAAUUAUAAGUUUUUGGUGACUGUUGUUCUAGGUUUUUUGUUAUAUUGAAAGGAACUCAAUGGGUAUUUUGAUUGUAAAUAAUUUCUUAUGAUAUGUGAAAAUAGUUUGGAGUUCCCGACUGAAUUCUGUGUUGGGCACU